UUCGCAUUGAACGUAUCGCGAAUAUGUUGCGUUGCCUCGCGUUGCGUACAACAUCAACAACAUCAUAAUCAUCAAAUUCUCCAAUUGAUGUACUCCAUUCGAUAUUUCGACUAUAAAAAUAUAUUUACAAUAAUUUUCGUUACAAUUUCAUGUACAUGGAUACUCUAGUAAAUAGCAACGCGUCUGCGUCUCCAAAACAAAAAAAAAAAAAAAAAUAGUAAUAAUAAUUCUGUGCAUAAAAUAUGAUUUUUGAUAAAAAUGAAAGGCAUAUCAAUAAAAACCUAUAUAUUUCUUCUUCUGCGAAAAUAUUGAAAUAAGCAAACACCCAUUUAAACCAACAUAUUUACAUGUGUGCCGAAAACGAAACGAAAACAAAACAGCAUGAAAAGUGCAGUGCAUAUCUCAGUGCAAAAUUGUGUGAAUUUAAUCAUUAAGAAAACAAUUGAAAAGCCAGCCAGAUAUUUCGAUCCAAUGAAGCGCCGCAAAGCCGCUAAUGAAGCGCGCUAGUCGAGUACGUUGCAUGGCGAUGGAUAUGCGUUUGAGUAUUACAGCUGUGUGGUGGUAGUAGUUGGGCGUUGAACGGAGCAAGCCUACACAUACAUCAUAAACACACACAUAAGUACAUAUGUGUAUGUGUGGCUAGAAAAAAGUUAUAUAAAUAAAAAAGCGAAGCAAAAUAAAUUUCCCGGGGAGUGAAUUAUGAAAGAGCGACCUCACCAACAAAUAACAGCGUAAAAGUAAAUUUAUUAAUUAAAAACAACAACAACAACGUUUAUGUAUGAAUCUCUGGCAACGCAGAACAAAACCACAAAGAGUGUGCAACAACAACAGCAAAAGUGUAAUAUUUAAAAUUAAAAAAAAACAACAACAACCAUAAAAGUUGAAAUGGACUCGUCGCCGCAAUUGUAUAAAAUAAAUUCCAAAUGUCUUCCGGAAUAAAUUGUCGUGAAAUUUUCGUAUUUUUGGAAAUCUUAAUUUGGAACCAAAGGGAUCAUCAGAAGAAGAGAAAUCAUAGUCAACAACAACAGCAGCAACAGCAGCAGCGACACAGCAACAAUAAUAAUGAUAGUGACCAGCAACAAAAGCAACAGCAGCAACAACAACACAACAACGCAGUGAAAGUGUUAAAGUGUAAAACGGAUAAUAUUACCAACAGCAACAACAAUAAUAAUAAUAAUAACAUACACCAAGCUUAUAGCAACAAUAGCAGCAAUAGCAGUAACAACAGCAACAACAGCGGUGUCGUUAGCGGUAGUCAAAGUAGCAGCAGCAGCAGCAACAGUAACAACAACAAAAGCUGCAGCAACAAUAACAAAAGCCAAAAAAUCAACAAUUACACGCAUAGUGCUGGUCAUCGUCAACCACAACAACAAACGCAUUUACAAUAUUUCCAACAGCAGCAGCUGAACAACGCCAAAUGUAAUGACAUCAACAACAGUAACAACAAAAACAACAGCAACACGCAUUCGAACCACUUGAAAUUGUUGCAAAAUCAAAUGAAAAUCGCACGCAAAGUCUGCACCAGCAGCGGCCAACACUAACAGCAGCGCGCUUGAAGGGAAAAGAAAUUUCACAAAAUCCAAACAGGAAAUAAAAUUCAGAAAUUUCUACAAAAGAAAUUCCGCAAACUGCUGCGCGAGUUGGCACUUAGACGUCAAACACAACCACACACAACAAGUGUUAAAGUAUAUCGGUGUGUGUGUGUGUGUAUGCUGCUGAGAGCGGAGCAAUCAAAAGAGAAAUUCGAAAAAAAAACUAUAAAACGCUUUGUUGUUGGCUUAGAGACGAUGUUCAACACAACAAAAGCGCAAAGCUACAUUUAAUGAUUUUUAUAUAAAAAAGAAAUGAUUUUUAUAAAAAAAAAAGUUUGAUGAUUUGAAAAAAUUUAUGAUUUUAUAAUUUAGUUUACAUGCGCGUAUAAGUCAACGGAAAAAACAACAACAAAAACAACUACUAACGAGUAGCGCGCAGCGAGUGUUUUGUUGAAUGCAUAAACUAUUGAGGAAAAGCUGAUUACGAAACGAUUUGAGUUGGCAUUUUUUUACCGUUAGUUGGAAAUUAUUUGAAAAUUGUUUGUUUCAAACAAUUCGCUAAUUGUUCGAACAAGUGUCUUAGCAUAAAAAGAAAUAAUAGUUGAAUAAAAAGUUAAAUAAUCUACACACACAUAUAUAAACUAUAUAUACAAAUACAAGUAAAUACAUACAUAUAUAUAAUAUAUAUACAAUAUAUAAGUUGAAGAACUAUUAAUUAGUAAAUAACCAGCAAAUAGUACCUUUUCAUAAAAAAAAUAAACAUUAACAAAUAUAUAUACGAAAAGCAGUAAAAGCAACAGCAACAAC